GAUCGCCAUCGUUUUGUUUUUACGUUGCAGGAAAAAUGGCCGACGAUAUCCGUGCAAAAAUCGAGAACUACAAGACCGCUCCUUUCGAUGCGCGGUUCCCCAACCAGAACCAGACCAAACACUGCUACCAGAAUUACCUGGAUUACCACCGCUGCCAGAAAUCCUUGACCAGCAAAGGGAGAGACCCUUACCCCUGCGAGUGGUACUCCAAGGUGUAUAAGACCAUGUGCCUGAACUCGUGGGUGGAGAGGUGGGAUGAGCAGAGAGAGAACGGUACAUUCGCGGGCAAAAUAUAAGUGACUCCCCUUUCCGGUCAGAAAUGAACUGUUCUGGAUAAUACCGAAGGAUCCUCCAAGCUUGAAUCAAGUCUCCACGUCGGGAAUUUCUGCUGGACUUUGUCCAUAUGUAACCGCGUGUCUGUUCUGUAACGGGUCACGUGGCGUACCCCUUUAUACGUCAAUAAAACAUGAAAAACUAA